AUAAAUUCUAAGAUGCGAAUUUGGUAGCGUCGGGGGAACUCCAUCGCUUCGCUGGGACGGAAGUGAGCGAACGACAAAGGCUCCUCGCCCGAUCUUCAAACUAAGCCUUGAUUUUGUAGUUUUAGAUCUGCAAAAUUGGCUUAAACCAUUCGGAAAAUCAAACUCCGAAAACAUGGGUGUUUAUUUUUAAAGGAUACAUUUAUUCUGAUUUCUGAAUCAUUUGUUUGCUGUUGCCGUAUUGUGAAGUCACAAGACGCAACCCAUAUAGCUAGAGGAAAUUAACCAAAAGGGGAUUCUUAUUUAGCAUGUGAGAGCGAUAAUGGGGCUUGGAAGUAACGCAGCUUCGUCUUCCUCGUCGUCGUCGUCUUCUUCUGAAAGCACUGACAUGUCGAUCACAGGUCUCCGGGAGAGGCAUCAACAGGAGCUAGAAAUUUUGACUCUAACCACACAACCAUUCAAAACAACAAAAUUCUUCACAUUAGCUGUUAUUGAAUUUAUGAAGAAGAUGAUAUUCUAUUUGUUGGCAAAAGGUGGGUGGCUUUUGCUUCUUAGUGCGUUUGUAGCAGCUUUUGGCAUAGUGCUGAUGACCAUCGAUGGUCCUCAUGAAAAGCAUAUCGAGGAGCUUCUUAAAUAUUUCCAAUUUGGAUUGUGGUGGCUUACCUUAGGUGUUGCAUCUUCCAUUGGUCUUGGAUCUGGUUUACACACUUUUGUCUUAUAUCUGGGUCCUCACAUAGCAUUUUUCACAAUUAAAGCAAUGCAAUGUGGCCGAGUUGAUUUGAAAAGUGCUCCAUAUGACACAAUACAAUUGAAAAGAGGUCCUUCUUGGCUUGAUAAAGACUGCUUUGAAUUUGGGCCACCAUUGUUCCAAUCAGUACAUGGUUCACGGGUUCCACUGAGUAAGAUUCUGCCUCAAGUUCAGAUGGAGGCUAUUCUAUGGGGUGCUGGAACAGCUAUAGGGGAGCUUCCUCCUUACUUUAUCUCAAGGGCAGCACGGGAGUCUGGGAAGAUUGUUGAAGCCAUGGAAGAGUUGGAUACUGAAAAUAAAGGGUUUAUGGCCACCCACUUGAAUAAAAUCAAGCUGUGGCUCCUUUCACACUCCCAACAUUUGAACUUCCUUACCAUUUUAGUGCUUGCUUCGGUACCAAAUCCUCUAUUUGACCUUGCUGGCAUCAUGUGCGGACAAUUUGGGAUUCCGUUUUGGAAAUUCUUUCUCCCAACCUUGAUUGGAAAGGCACUUAUUAAAACUCACAUACAGACAGUAUUUAUCAUCUUAAUCUGCAACAAUCAACUUCUUGAUUGGAUAGAGAAUGAGUUCAUCUGGGUUGUUAGCCAUAUUCCUGGUUUUGCUUCCGUUGUGCCUGGUGUGAUUGCGAAGCUCAAGGCUGUCAGAGAAAAGUAUAUGAAGGCACCCCAUCAAGGUUCCCCUCAAAAAAUCCAGGGUGGAAAGUGGGAUCUCUCAUUCUCUUUGAUCUGGAACACGGUUGUGUGGCUGAUGCUUAUGAAUUUCUUCAUCAAGAUAGUGAAUUCAACUGCCCAGGGUUACCUGAAGAAACAGCAGGACCGAGAGCUACAUGACUUAACAAACAAAUCUGCAUCCACCGAUUAAGUUGUGCAAUAAAGUGCUUGUCUUCUCUUGGAAUUCCUCCUCUCUCUCCUUUUUGUAAAUCUUUAUUUCCUCUCCUCCCUCCUCUUCCUUCUUUCAUGUCCUGCUACUAGGAGGGGUAUUGAGACUUGAUUUGCAGCUAAUUAAUCCUCAAGUUGUAAACCACAUUUAACCAAGCAUUGGUUUCAUUGGUAACUGCUACGAUAGUACUAAGGAGUCCAACUAUUCUUUUGAACUGAUAGGGACAAAUUAGUUUAUCAUCUUAGUAUUUUAGACAUCUAGGAGAUUUUCUGUCAAUGUUUUUACUGACAUGAAAGGUUUGGGAUUGCUGCAGAUUUCCGUUUGUAGAACUAUUUUCUUCUGUUCUUCCCCUUUCUCUGAAUGGAAUUUCAUCAAAGGCAUUAUAAGUUUCA